CCUACAAGCUGUCGUUGCAAGUUCUUGCAAUACUACAGCGGCUGCCUGAGCUUCGGAAGGGUCACAUGUACAUGGUGCUCGAAGGACCCUACAACGCUUGAAAUAAUUUUCUCAUUUGCGAGGUUUGCCAUUUCUUUUUGCGCAUUACGGCUCGGAACCCGCAGCAAAAGCAAAGAAAGGUCUUCAACCGAGGUACGUAUAGUGCCACCUUCCUUCUGCCACUCAACCUGGACUGCGUGCGAUGGCGGCUAGCAAAACAUUGUCCACACUGUUCUUCGCUGAUGAUACCAACCGCACGUGGCUGCCGAAGCGCGACCAUCGGACAGAAGGUUGGCCGCUUACAGGCAAUCCGCUGCCAGUCCUCACAAUCACGGCCGCGUACGUGUACUUCGUCAAGGUGGCCGGUCCCCGCUGGAUGUCUCGCCGCAAGCCUUUCGACCUGAAGGCCUGCAUCCUGGUUUACAACCUGUUGGCUUCCCUGCUCAGCGCCUUCUUUCUGUGCCGCUUCGUGAAGCUCGCCUACUUGGAUCUGGGCUACACAUUUCUGCAGGGCCUCGACAUGGUCGACACACCGGCGAGCCGCGAGAUCGUACGUUUGUCCUGGUGGUUCUACAUAUUCAAGCUGUGCGAGCUCACCGACACUGUGUUUUUUGUGCUUCGCAAGAAGAACCAGCAAAUCAGCACGCUCCACGUAGUGCAUCACGUGAUCGUCUCCUGGAACAUGUGGUUGGACGUGACGUACGGCGCCCAGUCGCACGAGAUGUUCAUCAGUUGCCUGAACUCUUUUGUGCACGUAUUUAUGUACACGUACUACUUCCUCGCAGCGCUUGGACCCGCCUACAAGCGGCUACUGUGGUGGAAGAAGUAUAUAACGCUGAUGCAGAUUUCACAAUUUGUCCUUUUGCUAGUGCACGCCAUUGGCAUGGUGUUCUCCAAGGGAAACUACUUGGGACUCUUCGUGUGGCUCGAGGCAGCGCAGGCGAUCUUGUUCUUCGUGUGGUUUAUGCUCUUCUAUAUUCAGGCCUACACAAAGAAGAAAGUUUAGCUCCAUCAUUUUUUGCAAGUAAAAAAAAAGGCCUUUUCUUUCUUCAA